GGCUGCAGAGGGCUCCGUGCGGCUGCUGCUUCGACCCUCGCGCCUUCUCCCUCCAGUGGACCAUCGCCAACCUGCCUCCACCGGCCAUCUCCGCACUCGCCCACGGCCCCACUGCUCUGCCGGCUGCUGCCCUGUGGGGCCCCGGGCCCCCCCUGCUCUGGGCAGCCCCACGGACCCUCCCGCUCUGGGCAGCCCCAUGGACCCUCCAGGGCCAACAGCACCACCUCACACCCGGCCAACAGCAGAGGAGAGUGGUGGACCCAGACCCCCUGCUGCUGCCCACCUCCGUCCCUGGCCUCCAGCACCUCCAGGGGCAGCCUGCCCACACCAACAGCUCCGGCACAGACACCCCUGCGGGGACACCCCCGGGCAGCGACACACGCCCGGGCACCGAUGUCCCCCUCAGCCCCUCUGCUGCCCCCCACAACCCAGCCCUCGGGGACCCGCCAGGCGACCUUGCGCUGCCCGAGGAGGUGCCUCUCCAAGAGGCCCUCAGCUUCUUCAACUGCUGCCUGGACGAGGCGGAGGUCAGCCAGGAGGUUCCCGGCAGCGGCCCCAUGCCUGGGCACCUUGCGGACACCGGCGCAGCCAUCCCCUCCCGCGACUUCGCCUGGCUCUCGCUGCCCGAGGAGGUGCUCAGCCCCGACUACGGCGUCCCCGAGACCGCCGACGCCAUCCUCAGCCUGGCAGAAGCGGUCAUGGGACUGGAGGCCCAGAACUC